GUCCAACUGAACAUCCUUCAUCGAAAAAUUAUUUUGUACAUAUAUGUCAAAUUCAACAUUCAAUGGAUAUAUCUUUAAAGUUGGACACCCCUUGACAAAAGUAAUGCCUUUGACGCAGUGGUAAUGAGUAUCCAUUUGAAAGAAAGAGUUUCACAUUCAAACCCAAAAUAGCACAAUAGUUUUUUUGUUUGUUUUAUUUUGACGUCGAUACACCAUUAUUCUUGGACACUCUUAUUGUUUUAUUUUGUAAUUCACGCACCAUUAUUCUUGGACACCCUUAAUAAAAUUUUUAGCUCCGUUGUUGGUGAUAUUAUUCUUUUAUUAGCAGAAGAAUAUAUGUGUUCAUGUUUAAGCCUUCCCACAUUUCCAUCACUUUAUUUACAUAAUUCCAAAUUUUAAAACUUGCCCCUCACACAUGUACAACAAAUAAAGAGAUGCACAAGAGUAUUUUCAUGUUACUACUUCUUUCAUUGAAUGUAAAAGCUGAAGAUUUGCCAACUUCUUCUUCACAAGAUGUUGUUAGCAGUUUUCAACCAAGCCUUGCUGUUGUUAUUGGUGUCCUCUUUAUCAUGUUUUCACUAACUUUUUUUCUACUCCUCUAUGCCAAGUUUUGUCAUACGGCAUCUUCUCAUAUUCAGAAUGAUGGAGGACUUGUUCGAUCAGUGUCUCGUUCCUCAGGUAUCGAUAAAACUGUGGUGGAAUCACUCCCUUUUUUCAGAUUCUCUUUACUGAGAGGAUCAAAACAAGGACUUGAAUGUUGUGUUUGUUUAUCAAAAUUUGAAGAUAUUGAAAUUCUUAGAUUGAUUCCAAUGUGCAAACAUGCAUUCCAUAUUAACUGUAUUGAUCAAUGGCUGGAAAAACAUUCAACCUGCCCUCUUUGCAGGCAUAAGAUAAGUUGUGAAGACCUUUCAUUGCUUACAUAUUCAGAUAGUUUGAGAUUCUUGUGGAGUCAGUCUGAGGAGCUAGUAAGAGAUGACGAAUCAAACUUGGAAAUCUAUAUUGAAAGGGAGGAAAAUGGAACCGAAGAGUUGCCAAUACAAGAAAAAGAACUACACAGGUUCAAUCAUAGGAUCAUAGUAUCAGAUGUUGUGUUCAAGAAUCGAUGGAGCAAUGUCACUUCUUCAGACCUGAUAUUCUUGAAUUCAGAAAUGCUUAAUGGCAUGACAAGCAAUAGAUUCUCAUCAAUGGAUAGAAAUGCUGAGCAAUCCACAGUGAUAGAAGAAGAGCAAUCGAUCAAUAUCAAGGAUGAAAUGGAAAGGAAAAGAUUGUUUGAUAGCAAAUUAAUCAAAUCAAAAUGUCUUGUUGCAGAUGAGAAGAGAUCCAUGUCAGAAAUUAUACUGUAUUCAAGAUUCAACAACAGGAAUCGAGAGCUUUCAGUCCGGGAUGAAAGGAGGAGGAAACUUUGGCUUCCAAUUGCAAGGAGAACAGUCAAGUGGUUUGCUAAUAGGGAAAGAACAGAAAACACAACACAAACACUAAAUGUAUAGAAGAUUAAUUCCAGUCAUGCACAUGGAGGGCAUUGUUGGAUAUGAUUUAUUCUAUCAAAAGGGCUGACUUGAUGGUAACUAUAUAUAUUUUUUUCCUUUCUUUGUUAAUUUUGUUUAAGUUUCACCAGCCUCAAUUUGCAUGUAAAUUAAGCUGCCAAUCCUAGGAAAGCAAAGUGGUAAUUUAAAAGAUGUGUUUAGUUGUAACAUGUAGUUGUAUAUAUGAUACUCCUCCGUCCAACGA